AGUUAAUCGGUGAAGUAUUUAUUAUCAUAUUGACAAAUACGCGACACAGUGGCUUAACAUCAUAAUGUGUUUAUUUUAAAAAAUAAAACGCACGUGCGUAACAAUCUUUCAGUGGAAAAGUGUAAUAUAAAGUGUUUUUAAGCAGUAUGUAAUUAUUAAUUUCAUACCUACUACGAGUUUUAAGUGAUUAACAGGUUAACUAAUUUGGUACCUAAUACUAUAAUAUAUGCAGACGGUAUUUGCCGAUAAAAAGAAUGGUGACAUCAGACUAGUUGCCGUAAAACUGGCUCGCAUGUGCUCGUCUCUAAAUAAUUUAAACCUUAGUCUAACGAACAAAUUACACAGUGCAUACGAUCCGGACUGCGUUCAUACCACAUUAAAAACUAAUAAUAAAUUCAUUGCCACGCCUAGGAAGCGCUGACAAACCAAAACUAUGGAGCGAAACCCACACGUGGCACGCAGAGGCCGGCCAUUCAAUAUUUGAUAUAACCGAUCAUUUAGUACCAUCAUCGACUGCACGAAGAGUGGACAGAAUAAGUGUCAGUGGAUAGAAAAAUUCAGUUCAGUGACCUAGACAGUUUUCAUCGCCCUAUAUGUCGGCAGCCUUAAAAGGAAAUGUCUAAAUUAACUGUUACAAACUUCAGCAAGAGAACCGGCAGUCCGUUUCAAAACAAAUCAAAGGAAACUGAAGUGGCCAUUGUACACGAAGAAGUGUUGCAAAAAACUCAUUAUGAAAAACAAAAAGAGAAACAGAGUGAACUUAUACAGAAAGUGAACAAGAAAACUGCUGAAUAUCAAUCAAACAAACCAAGUUCUGGAAUUUUCACUGAAGUUGUGACCCACGGGGCCUUCACAACUAAAUCUAUUAAUAGAGAUAAACCAGUAAAAGUUGAAAAUGCGACGACGUCCCAUAAAAACAACGCAGCAAAUGGGUCAAGCAGUAAAUCACUAAUGGGAUUUCCUUCAUCCGCUAAUGAUUUAGCGCUGGACGCUAAAUCUGAUUUAGAAUCUGACCCAAAUAUAUCUGCCGAAGUUAAGGAGAAGGUGAUUCAGAAACUAUUCGCGUUAGUGUCUAUGGUACAACACAAUUAUGAAUCAAAGGUAAGGGUUAUGACAGAUUUUGAAAAAUUUAAAGACACGCACAUGAAAAAUGAACUAAGACGCGAAAAGGAACACUCAGAACAAUUAUAUAAAUUGAAUAUGAAUUUUCAAAAUGAGGUUGUGCAAUCUAUACAGAGGCUGAAAAGUGAAUUGGACAUAUCGAGGAACGUAUCAAAGAGUAUAAUAGACAGCAAUGCUAGUUUGAGGGGUAGCUCUGUUGAUUUCAAUACAUUUGAAGACGUAGCAGAUGAUUCGAUAGACAAUAGUGAUAAAUUAGACGACGUUUUUGAUUCUCGAAAUGAAACACCAGAUAACAAAACUACAGGAAAUACUAAAAGUGAAUAGUUUAAGGCAUAUUUAAAAUAAAUUAUUGUGAUUUUGG